CCCUCCCUCAGUCCAGUUCCAACCUUCCCACCACCACCACCACCACCGUGGCUUUCUGCAAAGCACCACGUACUCCCCAUUUCACUACCAAAACAAACAACACUCUCUCUCCCUCUAUAUAUAUCACUAGUUUUAGCUAACUAGCUAGUACCGAAAAGGCCAUCCACCAUUGUUUUUGAGCUCACAAAUGGGCAACGCCGACUACUUAUACCCUCCGGUGAACGUCGAGUGCGCUCACAAGGUCACCGUCCCUCCACCGCAACCCUUUCUCAAGUCACUCAAGUACAAUCUGAAAGAGACUCUUUUCCCUGACGAUCCUUUCCGGCAAUUCAAGAACCAGCCAAUGUCCCGAAAAAUCAUCCUAGCCAUCCAGUUCUACCUACCCAUCUUCGAAUGGGGUCCGCGUUACACUCUCGAGUUCUUGAAAUCGGACCUCAUCGCCGGAAUCACCAUUGCCAGCCUCGCCAUCCCUCAGGGAAUCAGCUACGCAAAACUGGCCAACUUGCCGCCAAUUCUUGGACUGUAUUCGAGCUUUGUUCCGCCUCUGGUUUACGCGAUGAUGGGGAGUUCGAGAGAUUUGGCUGUGGGGACUGUUGCUGUUGCUUCACUUCUCACAGCUUCUAUGUUGGGGAAUGAAGUGAAUGCUACUGAGAAUCCCAAGCUCUAUCUUCAUCUCGCCUUCACGGCCACCUUCUUCGCCGGAGUUCUUCAAGCUUCUUUGGGACUCUUAAGGCUAGGAUUUAUAGUGGAUUUCUUAUCACAUGCAACCAUAGUAGGGUUCAUGUCAGGAGCAGCCACUGUGGUCAUCCUGCAACAGUUAAAAGGGAUUCUUGGGCUUGAGCACUUUACCCAUGGAACAGAUAUGGUGUCUGUCCUGCGUUCUGUCUUCGGCCAAACACAUAAGUGGAGAUGGGAAAGUGCUGUAUUGGGAUGCUGUUUCCUUUUCUACCUCCUCCUUGCUAGAUAUUUUAGCAAGAGACGACCAAAGCUGUUUUGGAUAUCAGCGAUGGCUCCUUUGACGUCUGUUAUCUUGGGAAGCCUCCUCGUUUAUCUCACCCACGCUGAAAAACACGGUGUCCAAGUGAUUGGACAUUUGAAGAGAGGAGUGAAUCCCGUGUCAAUAAUGGAUCUGGCAUUUGGAUCACAGUACCUGACAACAGCCAUCAAAACUGGCAUUGUCACGGGUGUCAUCGCUCUUGCUGAAGGUAUUGCUGUGGGAAGAAGCUUUGCCAUGUUCAAGAAUUACCACAUCGAUGGUAACAAAGAAAUGAUUGCUUUUGGAUUGAUGAACAUUGUUGGCUCUUGCACUUCUUGCUACCUGACCACAGGGCCAUUUUCAAGAUCAGCAGUGAACUUCAAUGCAGGAUGCAAGACAGCAGUUUCAAACAUUGUUAUGGCAAUCGCCGUGAUGAUCACAUUGUUACUCCUAACACCACUCUUCCAUUACACUCCCCUCGUGGUCCUGUCAUCCAUAAUCAUCGCUGCAAUGCUCGGACUCAUAAACUACGAAGAAGCCAUUCAUCUCUGGCAUGUUGACAAGUUCGACUUCCUAGUCUGCAUCAGUGCAUAUGUUGGUGUGGUCUUUGGCAGCGUCGAAAUUGGCUUAGUCUUAGCGGUUGGUUUAUCUGUGGUUAGGGUACUUUUGUUUGUGGCCAGACCAAGGACCUUGAUUCUUGGUAACAUACCUGAUUCUAUGAUCUACAGAAGUGUGGACCAGUACCCAAACGCAAACAAUGUUCCCGGAAUUCUCAUACUUGAGAUUGCUGCUCCCAUUUACUUUGCCAAUUCUAGCUACUUAAGAGAAAGGAUAUCAAGAUGGAUAGACGAGGAAGAAGAAAAACUAAAAUCUUCUGAAGAGGCCAGCUUGCAGUAUGUUAUACUUGAUAUGGGUGCCGUUGGUAACAUUGACACUAGCGGAAUUAGCAUGCUAGAGGAGGUGAAGAAGAGUAUUGAUAGAAGAGGGCUCAAGCUUGUAUUGGCAAAUCCUUGUGGAGAGGUGAUGAAGAAGCUGAACAAGUCGAAAUUCAUCGAGGCAAUAGGGCAGGAAUGGAUCUAUCUGACAGUGGGAGAGGCUGUAGGAGCAUGCAACUUCAUGCUUCACACAGGCAAACCCAAGGAUGUCACAAAUGAAUCAGAUACAUGGACCAACAAUGUCUGAUCGAGCUACUAAUAAUUAACGAACCCUAAAGGAUAUAUAUACAUUAUAUAUAUAUAUAUAUAUAAUUGCGACCAACUUAUUUUCAUCUGCGGUUACCAUGCAUGCAUCACUUAAUAAGGAUGCAACACAUUUGGCUCACUGAAUCAAAAGGAAAAUGUGUUGGUUUAAGUGAUCUGAUGAUGGGAGGUUUUCUUUUUUUUUUUUUUUUUUUUUUUUU